CGGUAUUAACAAUAUUAGGAGGUGCGAUAGUAGUAAUAGCAAUAAUUUGUCUAGCAAAAAGAUAUCAUAAAAGAAAUAAUCCUGAUUCAUCAGAACAAUUACAACAACAACAAUACAAUGAAUACAUUGAAACUAUUAAUAGAACAGAAAAUGUUUUUAGUAGAAAUUAUUCAUAA